GGUGUCUGAUAAUCCCUACACUGUUUGGAUUCUGAAUCUUUGGAAAUGGUGUUACCAGCUGCGGCAAGAUGUAAAGGUACCAUGCUGGGAAGACUUGUCUGGAUUCUGCUUCUCUUUGGCCUGCUGCUAUUGAGUGGAUUUUGUGAAGCUUGCAAGAAAAUUACUUUUAAUGUUCCUCAUAAACUGGAUGCUGGAAUGUUUAUUGGCAGAGUAAACAUGAAACUGUGUUUUCAGCAUUUUGGAAUUAUUAGCUCAAACAAUCCCAACUUUACAGUCCUAAAUGACAGUUUGUUGUAUACCACAACUGCUAUGUCUUUGUCUUCUCAUGAAAAUACCAUUGCCUUAUCCUUUAAAGGCAUUGAUGAAAAUGAACCAAGGAUGAUAUAUGUUAACUUGCAAACAUAUUCAGGAAAGACAGCAAGGGAUAAUGCAAGACGUGUACGAGAGGCUGUUGUUAGUCGAACCAAGCGAAGAUGGGCUCCUGUCCCAACUAUUAUAAUGGAAAACUCACUGGGACCAUUCCCAAUGCAAAUUCAACAGUUAUCUUCUGACAUGGCCCAAAAGUAUAACAUUAAAUAUUCCAUAACUGGUCCUGGUGUUGACCAAGUCCCACUACAUUACUUCUACAUUGAGGAAGACACUGGAAAUCUCUUUGUUACCUGCCCCAUAGACCGAGAGGAAUACCCAGAAUUUCAGCUGAUUUGUUAUGCAGUGACUUCAGAUGGAUAUACACCAGAAGUACCACUUGUGCAUAUCAUCAGAAUAGAGGAUGAUAAUGAUAAUGCCCCAGAGUUUGACCAUGAUAUUUAUACUUUCCACGUUCUUGAAAACAGUAGAAUUGGAACACUAGUUGGACAAGUGACAGCAACAGACAAAGAUGAGCCAGACACUCUACAUACCAAACUGAAAUACCGAAUUUUGUCCCAACAUCUUCUAAGUCCUCAGACCUCUGCCCUAUUUGCCAUACAUCCAGAUACAGGGUGUAUCACUGUAGCAUCACCACAUCUGGACAGAGAGACAACAUCUGAAUAUUUACUACAAGUAGAAGUAAGAGAUAUGGGAGGCCAGGAUUUUGGAUUGUGCAAUACAGCAAAAGUGCUAAUAGUGAUUGGAGAUGUAAAUGACAAUCCUCCACAAUUACUACACACCAUGUAUGAAGUGUCUCUGCUUGAAAACACAGUAAAUGCAGAACUAUUAUGCAUCCCUGUGUCAGACAGCGAUGAACCUGGGACACCUUCAUGGUUGGCUUCAUUCACUAUCAUAAAGGGGAAUGAAGACAACAGUUUUGCUAUUAAUGUUGAUCAAGAGAGAAAUGUUGGAUGUCUAGUUGUUUUAAAGGGACUAGACUAUGAAAAAGCCAAGGAGAGAAGAUUAGAAAUUGUUGUGAAUAACGAAGCACCUUAUGCACCUCCACCAAAUGCAAGGGCCAUUUCAAAAAGUAUGGUCACUGUUGUGGUCAAUAUUAAGGACCAGGAUGAGGGGCCAGUAUUUGAGCCCUGUGAAUACAAUUUAUACAUAAAAGAAGGUUUGCCAACUGGAACAGUGGUUGGAAACUACAAAGCAAAGGACCCAGAAACUGGAAGUAGUGAAGGCCUAAGCUACAGACUAAUAAGUGACCCAUGUAACUGGAUUAUCAUUGAUCGCAGAGGAGAUCUGACAAUUACUAAAGUUUUAGACAGAGAUGUACCAGACAACAAACAGAAUCACUGCAAUGUUACAGUCUCUGCUACUGAUCAAAGUGGUAAAUCAGGCAUUGGCGAAAUUGUGAUGACACUGAUAGAUGAGAAUGACAAUUACCCUGUGGUUACCAAAAAAAAUUACACCAUGUGCAAGAACAAAAAACCAGUCUGUGUUACAGCCAUUGAUAAAGACAUACCUCCCAACACUACACCUUUCCACUUUGAAAUAGAAACACCAACGGACUCAACAUGGAAAAUAACACCGCAUGAAGAUGCAUCAGCUCUGAUUUUACCUGUGGCAGACAUAGACUAUGGCCAUUAUCCAAUUCUCCUCAGAGUAUAUGAUAAUGGAGGUUCAAGUGGAACAAGUGAAAUAAUGAUACACUAUUGUGACUGUGUCAUUCCAAGUGAAUGCGUAAGUCAAUUAUCUCCAGUUGUUCCUCUGAAUGCCGCCGUAGAUUCAACUUAUGCGGAAUAUAGUACAUCUUUUGUUCCUUGGGGUGCUGUUUCAACAGUAUUUGGAUCAGCAUUACUGAUGUUAGGUAUGGGUGCACCAGUUGGUUAUUGGUAUCGUAAAAGAGGUUCCACGCAUCAUGUAGUUGCUGAUGAUGUAGCUGCUCCUAACUUAAUUACAUCAAAUACUGAGGCACCAGGGGAUAUACUGACGGAUGUGAAUAUAUUUCCUGUGAAAACUGUGAGUGGAUCUAUGAGCACCAUUCUUGAAAGAAAUGUGAAGGGAGAAAAUGUGGCAAUGGUGAAGGGAGAACGAGGUUCCACAGCAGAAUUAGUCAAAGGGGGGAAAAGCCACAUGUCUGGAUCUUUGCGACAUAUUGCACUACCACUGAGGAAUUCAUAUAAAGAUAUCUGUGCAGAAUGGCAGGAUUUCACCAAUCCUCACUUAUCUGAAAUGGUGUAUCUUUGUGGACAGGAUGAAGAGGGUAAACAUGUCGAAGAAUAUCUACUUCCAUAUACCUAUGAAGGGAAAGAGUCACCAGUUGGCACCCUAAGUUCUUGUACUGGUGAAUCAGAAGAAGAAGAACUGGAUUUUUUGAAUGAGCCAGAGCCUCCAUUUAGGACAUUAGCAGAAACCUUUGCAAAUUCUUUGGGAAGUACUCCUGAUCAAACAUUAUUGAAAUGAAUGGAUUCUCCUCUGUGGCUUUUAUGCAUCUGUGUAGGAUUUGGGGAUGAAAAUCUUUCUGUGGCUUUUGCUUAUUCACUUUUGUUAUAUUUUUUCCUUUAAAAAGGAAAACAUUGGCAUAUUUUUAAAAAGCCAUUAUUAUAGAUUUAAAACAAUUUAUUUAAAAAAACCCAAAUCUUCUAUGGAAUUUUACCAAACAUAUUUUAAGCCAAUAAAUGGGUGCUUAUUUUUGAAAUACAAUGAAAAAUAUUAAGCCUGAUGAUUAUAACAAAAUUACUUGUUAUCUAA